AUGGCGGGCCAGCAGAUUCCUCGAGGGGGCCACGAUGGCUUGCAUCGCGAGCUCAUCACGGCUUACAACGUUGUUUUGAUUGUGGGACUGGUUCUCAAUGUUCUUGUUGUCUCUGUUGCGUACGUUUCGCGCGGGGUCCAGAGGUGCCGCUCUUGGUACAUGUUUAUGAUAUCGUGGAUCAUCCUUUCCCUUUCGUUCCUCUUUCUCUUGGGUCAGCAAACAGGGCCCCAGCCGAUAUUUGGGAUCUGUCUGGCCCAGGCCGUAUUGGUUUAUGCAGCUCCACCCCUAACAGCAUUCUCUACCCUCAUUCUUGUCGUUAAUCUCUAUUUCGGUCUUUCUGGUGGAUGUACCAAACCGAGGUUCUUGUUGUUACUAUCAAUGCUUCUGCCGCCCGUGGUCUAUUUGUCGGUUCUAGCAGAGGCAACCGUGAUAGGGCUUAUGAACCGCCUAAAAGUGAAGAGGGAUCGUACGGGAAUGUAUUGCCAUAUUAAACUUGCAACACCGGCGAUCGUCACUUUUGCAGUGAUUGGGCUUUCUGUUAUCCUUAUGGUCGGUUUCAUAGUUGCGACAGGACUCAUGGUACGCAAAAAGUCGGCCUCGUUCGUCGGCCAGAAGGUACCAGCGUCGGCAAUCCCCCUCGGGAUCAUUAUUCGCAUUGGAGUCUUUACUAUCGCUCCAAUAUCCGUCCUUGUCCUCGAAGCGCUUGUUAUGCUGCAGUCUAAAAGUGUGAUGGCCAUGAGCAUCACUGCUAUCAUGUACGCCGUUCUUCCGCUCUUGGCUGCAUUAACAUUUGGGACCCAAGCAGACAUUCUACGUGGGAUGGUCUUCUGGAGGAGCAGUACCGAAGUCGAUGAAGGGAUGCCGGUGAUACGUCAUCCCACUGUAUAA